UUCCAGGAGCGCUGUAGCCAUAACGACGCUCAACAGCUUAAACCUCAGCCUGGUUUCUGGCUGCGACAGAAAAGCACGGAGGAAUCCAUCGAUGUCAACAAAAAUAUGCUGAGGCUUCUUCUGGUGCUUUGGUUUAGCCAAGAUGGCCGCCGUGUUUCCUGCGGGUUUACACUUUAUGUCUGUCAAUAAAACCCGCUUUUAUUAUUUUACUGAGAUGUUAUUAAAGUCGGUCAUGUGGUGCCUUCAGGAGCUCAACCUGCUGUAGAAAAUCAGACCCAGGGGAACCCGGGCCUCAUCCGGUUCCUCCUGAUGUUCUGGACCGGGACCGUCCUACACAUUGGACCCCAGGUUCGGGUUGUUCCGGGCUGGAUGUCUGGUUUUAUUUCAGUCCAGGUCAUGUGACCCGAGGUCAAGCUUCAGCUGCUGGGUUAUUAAUAACCCUGCAGCUGAUUGGCCGCCGGGCCGGGCCAGAACCUUGUAGGGUGACUGGGUCUCAUUCUCAGUUCCGGUUCGGGACGCAGCGGCAGGUAAACCUGGAUGUUCUGUUUCUAUCGGAGCCUCUGGAUCUCAGAUCCCGCUUUAGAGGCGGAUCGGAAUUAAGGGGAAACGUUCAGCUCACCUGGAGUCACCUGUUGGUGCCUCGUGCGCCCUGCCAGGCGCUCCUGAUGGCGCUCUCCCAGGUCACGCCCUCCCUGUUCCUGAGUGGGGCCGACGCUCCCCUGAACGGCGCUCUGAUGUCACAGAAAGGCAUCACGCUGAUAGUGAACGCCACGCUAAGCCACGCCCUGCCCGCCCACCCGGGUGUGGAGUGUCUGCGCGUCCCCGUCUGCGACCUGCCCUGCGAACGCCUCGGCCUGCACUUCGACCGCGUGGCCGAGCGUAUCCAUAGUAACCGCGCCGGAGGCACGCUGGUGCAUUGCGUCGCGGGGAGGAGCCGCUCGCCGGCGCUGGUCAUGGCGUACCUGAUGAGGUUCCGCGGCGCCACGCUGCGCCAGGCUCACCGCCGCGUCCUGGAGAGCCGGCCCUGCAUCCGCAUCAAUGCCGGGUUCUGGGAGCAGCUGCUGCAGUACGAGAGGAGGCUGUACGGCCGCAACACGGUCCGGGUGGAGCCCGAGGGGCCAAGCCGGGCCGCUCCGUGGAGCAGCCAGUUGACCUCUGUACCCAGAUCUCCUGUGAUGUCACGCUCUCAGGUGAUUAUGUCGCCACAUAAAUUAAUAAGAGAAUCUACAGUGUCAUCAAAGAGCAACAGAACAAUUUACAAACCGCUGUGAGUGGGCGGAGCUACAUUACCUGGACAGGUGUGGAGCAGCUGUUCACCUGGCCAGCAGCCUGGACCACCAGAACCAGUCUGGGGACAGGAAGUGAGUCUGUUCUGUUUUGCUGCUGAUCAAUAAAUAAUUUCCACCA